GUUGGUCCAUUCUCGCGUGCAUCCCAGUCGAGAAGUGAAGAGCAGUCUUGCACCGAUGAUGAUCAGAAAAGGCAGAAUCCAUCACAUCAGAUGGCAGAGGCUGCGAUGUCUCAAAAUCAUUUGAAUCACACAACUUCAAAUGGUAAUGAACAUCAGACAGAAGGUGUAAAAUCAAAUGGUGUACCAUCCCAUUUAUUUAUGAGUGCCCUGCAGGAGAUUGGAAGAAGAUGUGGUUCAAAGGUUGAGUUUAGGACUGUCAUGAGUACCAGCAAGGAGUUGCAGUUUUCAGUUGAGGUUUUGUUCGCUGGUGAGAAGAUAGGAAUUGGAAUGGGAAAGACAAAGAAAGAUGCUCAUCAACAAGCAGCUGAGAAUGCUCUUCGGAGCUUGGCAGAAAAGUAUGUUGCGUAUGUUGCACCUCUUUCUGGAGUGGCGGAGAGAGAUCCAAGAAAUGAAAAUGGAUUUCUGUGGGAUAGCAGCACUGACACUACUGUUGUACCAAAUGAGGAAGCUCCGAGAGAAAACUUUCCUGAGGUUUGAAUUCGUUGGAAGUGCCCUCUCGGUAGCUCAUUUCUGUUUCAAAAAAACACAGGCGCUGUUUGGAGGAAAAUGGUAAUUUUUUGUGGGCCAGAAACAAACACUGAUUCCUGAUGUGGUACGGUACGUACCGAGAAACCUUAUGCACAUGAGUGAGGAAUGAGGUUUGGAGGGAGCUUCACGUCGUGUGCUUCUUCUGCCGCACACAUUCUUUGUCCUGAAAAGGUAAAAGGUAGAAAGAGUUAGUGUCUACUACCCCCACUGUCCUUAGUGGUAUUAUUCCCCAUGUUAAGGCGUUUGAUAUGAUUGCGAGGAUCGAGCACGCAUGGUAUUUGGGUUCAUAUGGCUUAUAGGUUUUAUGGAAUGCCUCUCCAUGUAAAUUUUAAUGUAAGGUGGAAGGUGUGAGAGGUUUAGUAUGAAACUGGCGUGGGCUUUUUGAGGUCUUUCGUGGAUUGUUUUCCCCAAAAAUUAAUUUGCGAGAGAACGGAUUCUGUGGAUAUGUUUUUUUUUUUAUUUUAUAUAUUAAUGCUUCUUUCUUUCUUU